UUACAGCUGCUGGUUUUGGUGUCUUUCUCGCAAACGGAAGAUCCAUUAUGCAGGCAGAUAGGUGAUCCUGAGAUUGCUCAGCUAUCCCAGGAUGGUGACAUCGUGAUAGGUGGAAUCUUUUAUUUCCACAGCAGUUGGAAGAACAGAGAGAAUAUGUAUAGACAACAGCCCCCAGCACUGCAAUGCAUCAGUUUGAAUUUCAGGGAGUUUCAAUUUGCUCAGACUAUGCUUUUCGCCAUUGAGGAAAUAAACAACAGUACAGACCUACUGCCAGGAAUGUAUCUUGGCUAUAACAUCUAUGACACUUGUGGAUCCAUUCCUAGAACCAUAAAAGUUGCACUGGCCUUAAACAAUGGUAAUGAGAAUAGAUAUUCAAACCCUGAGACAUUAUGUAUUAAACCUGUACAAGUGCAGGCUAUAGUGGGAGAAACUUCUUCCUCCCCUAGCACUGCAAUAGGUACUCUAAUUGGACCAUUCCACAUACCAUUGAUCAGCCACUUUGCCACAUGUGCUUGUCUCAGUGAUAAAACCAAGUAUCCAUCAUUUCUCAGAACAAUACCCAGUGACUACUACCAGAGCAGAGCCCUCGCACAGCUGGUCAAACAUUUUGGUUGGACUUGGGUUGGAGCUGUUAGAACAAAUGAUGAUUAUGGAAAUAAUGGCAUGGCUACAUUCACAGAGAUUGCAGAGCAGCUGGGCAUUUGUCUAGAAUAUUCAGUUUCUUUCUUUAGAACAGAUUCAACAGAAAAAAUCCGAAAGGUAAUUGAAACUAUACAGGCUUCCACCUCCAAAGUGAUUGUGGCUUUUGUAUCACACCUGGACAUGGAUGUGCUUAUACAUGAGCUGUCCAACUAUAACUUAACUGGCUACCAGUGGGUCGGCAGUGAGUCCUGGAUCUUUGAUUCUCAAAUUGCAGCAGUAGAUAAGAAUCACAUACUGGAUGGAGCAAUUGGCGUUUCCAUCCCUAAUGCAUAUGUGAGUGGUCUCAGAGAGUUCAUACUUGAUGUGAGGCCACUGAAAUCUUUAAAUAAUGACUUGUAUACAGAAUUCUGGGAGACAUUGUUUAACUGCAAAUUUAAGAUGGGGACAUCAGCUGAAAAUUAUAGACAAUGCACUGGACAUGAGGAUCUAACUGGAGUUGAAAACAGCUUCACUGAUAUGUCACUCAUGCCCAUUUUCAACAAUGUCUAUAAAGGAGUGUAUGCUGUGGCUCAUGCUCUGCACAAUAUUCUUGGAUGUGAUAAAUCAUGUAAUAGGAAUGUGCAGCUAGAUCCAUUCACGAUUUUAAAGCACAUUAAAAAGAUUCACUUCAAAACAAAGGAGGGAGAGGAGGUUUACUUUAAUGAGAAUGGAGAUCCAGCUGCAAAGUAUGAAGUUAUAAACUGGCAACCAAAAGAAAAUGGCAUUUUGGACUUUGUAACGGUUGGUUUUUAUGACGCAUCAUUACCAUUUGACAAACAGUUAAAACUGCAAAACAAGUCCUUACUUUGGGCACAGAGCUCACCGCAGGUACCUGUGUCGGUUUGCAGUGAGACGUGUCCCCCAGGGACUCGCAAGGUUCUCCAGAAAGGAAAGCCUGUUUGCUGUCAUGAUUGUAUAAGAUGUGCCGAAGGAGAAAUGAGCAACAUUACAGAUGCUGUCAGCUGUGUGAGAUGCCCCCCUGAAUCCUGGUCAAAUCAGAGAAGAGAUGCAUGUAUACAGAUGGAAGCAGUUUUUUUAUCAUACGAUGAAAUUAUGGGUAUACUUCUCACUACUGCUGCUUUAUUUGGAACAUGCGUAACAGCUAUUGUGAUAUUCAUUUUUUACAAAAACAGAAAAACCCCUCUUGUGAAGGCAAACAAUUCUGAGCUGAGCUUCCUCCUUCUGUUCUCCCUGACUCUUUGUUUUCUCUGCUCUCUAACUUUCAUUGGCCAGCCUUCAAAGUGGUCCUGCAUGCUGCGACACACAGCAUUUGGCAUCACCUUUGUGCUCUGUCUCUCUUGUGUCCUGGGGAAAACAAUGGUGGUUUUAAUGGCAUUUAAAGCUACACUUCCUGGGAGAAAUAUGAUGAAAUGGUUUGGGCCUACACAGCAGAGACUUAGUGUUCUGGGUUUCACUCUUGUUCAAGUAAUCAUCUGCAUUCUUUGGUUAACAAUCUCUCCUCCUUUUCCAUCCAAAAAUUUUAAGGAAUUCAAAGAAAAAUUUAUCCUAGAGUGUGCUCUUGGCUCAGCCGUUGGCUUCUGGUCUGUACUUGGUUACAUAGGACUUCUUGCUGUGUUGUGUUUUGUUUUUGCUUUUUUGGCUCGAAAGCUGCCUGAUAAUUUUAACGAAGCCAAGUUUAUUACUUUCAGCAUGCUGAUAUUCUGUGCUGUAUGGAUCACGUUUAUUCCAGCGUAUGUAAGCUCUCCUGGAAAUUUCAGUGUUGCUGUAGAAAUCUUUGCUAUUCUUGCUUCCACUUUUGGUCUGUUAAUCUGUAUUUUUAUUCCAAAAUGUUAUAUCAUGUUACUAAAACCAGAGAAAAAUACAAAAAAGAAUAUGAUGGGGAAAGGCCUACCAAAGCCAUUCUGA